AUGACGUACAACACGCACCCGUUCCAGCUGUUGGAGAUCAACGUGAUCUCGGCACAGGACCUGGCCCCCGUGUCGAAAUCCAUGAAAACUUACGCGGUGGUGUGGGUCCACCCGGAGCGCAAGCUUAGCACAAAGGUCGACCAGGGAGGCAACACCAACCCUCAGUGGAACGAGAAGUUCGUCUUCCGCGUCGACGACACCUUCCUCGACGCCGAAAGCUCCGCCAUCAUGAUCGAGAUCUACGCCGCCGCCUGGCUCCGCGACGUCCAGAUCGGCUCCGUCCGCGUUCUCAUCAGCAACCUCUUCCCCUCCUCCUCCGGCAGCGGCAACAACCACCACAACAACGCCAAGAUGCGGUUCGUCGCGCUCCAGAUCCGCCGCCCCUCCGGUCGGCCGCAAGGGAUCCUCAACAUGGGGGUGCAGCUCCUCGACAACACCAUGCGCUCCAUGCCGCUCUACACCGAGCUCUCCGCCUCCGGCGUCGGGUUCAACGACCUCCUCGACGCCAAGGCCGCCGCCGGUGGUGCGAAGAAUCUGGAGGAGAAGACCGCCAAGCUUCGGCGCACCAAGAGCGACCGCACCGACCUCACCUCAGCCGACAACGACACCCACGUCACCCGUGGCCGCAGGGGAAGCUCUGUGGUGGGGGCCAGCUACGUCGGUGGCGGGUCCCUGGUUAGCUCCUCCAUCGUCCCCAGAAAGAAUAACAACACCAACAACCAUCGUAACAACAGCGGCAACGGGAACGGGAGCAUGGUGGGUGGGUCCCAGUGCUCGGACGUUGGGCCGUCGGCGUCGGUGGUGGCGGCGGCGAUUGCCAAGGGGCUGAUCAGGACGCCAGCUGGCGGAAACGAUGCGGGAAGCUCGGUGCUGGACGACUGGACGGAGAAUGACAGCGUGGAAGGGCUGAGGACAAAGCUGGAGAGGUGGAGGACGGAGCUCCCUCCCAUCUACGACACCGACGUCAAGAAGAUGCAGUCCAGGAGCAGGAGGAAGGGGAACAACCACCACCAGCGGCGGAAGUCGGAAGGUACGAGGUUGUUCUCCUGCUUCGGGAACGCGUGCGGCUGCGAGAUCACCAUCACGUGCGGCGGCGGGAAUAAGAAUAAGAAGAAGAAGAACGGCGCCGGAAAUGAUCAGGACAAGCACGAUGGUCGGCAACACUCCAGCUCCCUUGACAGCCAAUCCUAUUUUUAA